UUGCAGCGCAUCUCAGUUAAAUCUAAGGUAGGAAUCAUUGAAGAAGAUAUUUUAGUGGUGUGUAGCAAUUCUUGUGAGGGUACUUCAAUUGUGGCAGCUUUCUUUUUUAAGUUUGAUGGGAAAGCAGCAAUUAAUUGAAGGUAGUGAAGAAAGUUUGUUUUGAUUUUGAACUUGUUUUGGAAUUCUUCAAUUGUUAAAAAAUUUCCAUUCGCAUUUAGGACAUCUUUUACAUAAAGAAUUUUCCGUUUGAACCAGGAUCUCCAAAAAACGGGAUAAUUUCCAAUGGUUAUAGCCUUGUUCCAUGGUAAGAAUUCGCCUUAAGAGAAUAUAUUGGCCUUGUUUUUAAGCUCUUGGAAAUAUCGUGGCAGUUCUCGAUAGAAAUUAGGUAAACCGAUGUUUAUGGAUUCAGCAUUAUUGUUGCAUUUGAGGAGAAACUGAAGGCCUCUGUACUCAGAAAGAUAGGAAUUUGGGAUUACUUUCCACGAGUCGUCAGUAUCACCUAGUAAACUACCUAUCCAUGCUAAGCGUAACAAUUUCACCAUUGUGGUAAAAUUAAUAAAAUUAGUUCACCUUCUGCAGGGGCUGAUAUACAACUGCUCUCUAUUUUAUUUUUUUUGUUUUUCCAUAGGAAAGAGAAGAUUUGUGUCUAG